UCUUUCAUAGAGGAGAAAAACUCCCAAAAAAAAAAAAAAAUCGAAAUCUUGUUAUCUUACCAUUAAUCAUGCCAGAAGGAACGCUUGAAGUUCUUGUCGUUAGCGCCAAAGGCCUGGAGAACACGGAUGUCCUAUGCAACAUGGACCCAUAUGUUAUUAUAACGUACAGGAGUCAGGAAAAGAAAAGCAAUGUUGCACCAGGUAAAGGAUCUAACCCUGAAUGGAACGAGACAUUUUUGUUUGAUGUUUCGAGUAAAGAGACAGCGGAUUUAAAGAUCAAAAUAAUGGAUAGCGAUACCGGUAAUGCAGAUGAUCUUGUUGGCCAUGCUAGUAUCUCGUUGGAUGCAUUGUUUCAUGAUGGAGACAUCCCAGCAAAAUCAUAUAAUGUAAUGAAGGACGAUGCAUACUGUGGAGAGAUUAGAGUUGGCCUUAACUUUACAGCCCAGAGAAGUCGAGGUUUUGAUCCAACGGAUGGGAAUAUGGGUGGUUGGAAGCAAUCAAGCCAUGAUUGAUCAUGCAGAAAAUUGUGAUUGUGGUUGUGAUCUUCCAUCAGAAAUGUAAUUUGUUUCAUUAAUUCAAUGUUAAAAACCAUAUGCAAGUAUGUAGGUACAAUACAAAAACCAUCAUGCAAGACAUUUUGCUCUUGAAUUUUAUGUAACUUGUAUAUUAUUAUGUUAAAGACAAGUCUAUACAGCCUAUUGACUUUAGCAAAG